GGCUGGAGGCCCUUCCUGGCUCCUUCCCGGCUCCCUCCCGGCUCCUUCCCAGCUCCUUCCUGCAGGGACGGAUCCCGCAGUCGCGGCUCUGCGCUGACACCGGGGGACAACGCGGGGGUCCCCGCAGCCCCCGGGAUGGAGGAGCGGAGGAGGAAGCGCAGCCCCAGGACCUGCCUGGCCCAGCCGGCGCCCCCCGGGGCCCCGCGCCCGCUGCCCCCCAGCAAGAGCACGACCUUCGCGCUGCCGCUGCCCACCUUGCCCUCGCCCCGGCAGCGCGCCCGGCUCCGCAGGACCAGCAAGGAGCGGGUGCGGGCGGGCGCGGGGGGGUCCCGGGGGGCCCCGCUCCAGCACAGCUUCCUCACGGACGUGUCCGACGUGUGCGAGAUGGAGGGGGGGCUGCUCAACCUCCUCAGUGACUUCCACUCGGGAAAACUGCAGGCGUUCGGGAAGGAGUGCUCCUUCGAGCAGCUGGAGCACGUGCGGGAGAUGCAGGAGAAGCUGGCCCGGCUCCACUUCGGGCUGGACGUGUGUGUGGAGGAGCUCCCCGAGGAGCAGAAGAAGGCGGCGGCCGACAGGAACCUGGACCAGCUGCUGGCACAUCUGGAAGAGCUCAGCAGCUCCAUACAGAAGCUGCACCUGGCGGAGACCUCGGACCCCGAGGACGCGGCCGCCUGACCCCGGCCCUGCCCUCGGCCCGCUCCCGGCCCCGUGCCCGGCCCGGCCCCCAAACCG